GGUCAUCUUGCUGAGCAUAACUACAGGAAAAAGUCCUGUGGGAGGAAGCUGUAUGGACAGGUUACCCGGGAGAGAUACACAGAAGCAUCCUGUGGACAUUCAAGGAUAUAAUUAGAAAAGCUUUUCUUCUUUUCUGCUCUUAAUGAUGAGAUUCUGUGGUCAAACACAGUUUUAGCUUGCACUGUGGUUGUGCCUAGUGAAAAAUUAAUGAAAUGUGUUGUUGCCACUCUAGGUAUGAGCAGGAUGGGACUUGUCGAGAGCACGUCUAUGUAGUGAAAGUCAAGAGGAAAGCACUGUGCUAGAGAAGAAUGCACAUUUUGAUUUCAGUGUGUGAGAAAUGGCAAAUACCCUCAAGUCCCUAGUGAAAGGAAUCCUGGCACUGCUUUAUUUUUCUCCUAAUUUGUUUUGCUACCUGCCAUGAAAAGGUUGACACCACAGAUGGAAAUCGAGAUAACCAUAAAUCUGAUUGCCCUCCAUGGGUUUUUGGCACAGUGUGCAGAACAAGCUUUCAGGUUUUGUUCCAAGUUAAUGGUAUAAAAGUAUACAGUCUGUUUGGCAGUGCUGAGAGAACAUGAAUUAGGAGCUGAUAUAAAUCUAAAACCUGCAGUGGUCUGACUUAAAUUACUUCAACCGCUUUCAUUUUGUAUCCUGUUGCUUAUGGCAUCCUCUGUUCCAAUACAGCUAGAAAUGGAAUGAGUCACUGAGGCUCACAGGAGAGUGAGAGUAAACAAAUCCUACUGAAAUCUGUUUUAAACUCCCUGUUUUUAUACAUGUGCUACUCUGCUACUCAUUCUGGUGUGAAGAGUGUGCUUCACCCUAGCCACCACUGAAAGUCACAUACUAGCCUUUGGAAAUGGUUUAAGUUGCUGUGAAAGUCAGUCUUUAACAUAAGUGAACAAGAGAUUAGGAGGAUGAGGACAUCAGCUAAGGCUUCCAGAGCUAAAGAUGGUGUUAAACGUAGGUCUUGUAAGUCUUUUGUUUCUGUGAGGGGAGAGAUGCCUCAGUUCAGCAAGAUCUUUUCAAAGUCCUUUCCAAACAAAGAUAAGUCUGCAGCCAUCAGGGUAACUUAAAUGUUCCUGGGUGGAAUAAGGUGCAGGCAUUCAGGAGAAGCUGUGUCCUGGAGAAAUAUCCUAACACACCUAUGAGCCAUAAAGAGAUCCUGCAAGUUAUCCAGAAAGAAGGACUUAAAGAAAUAAGUGGGACUUCUCCUCUUGCCUGCCUGAAUGCCAUGUUACACACAAACUCCCGAGGGGAAGAGGGCAUUUUCUAUAAGGUCCCAGGGCGUAUGGGAGUGUACACUUUGAAGAAGGAUGUUCCAGAUGGGUUGAAGGAGCUCUCAGAUGGCUCAGAGGAGAGCAGUGAUGCCCAGUCUGACUCUCAGAGCUCCGAGAACAGCAGCAGCAGCAGUGAUGGGUGCAGUAACAAAGAUGGGAAGAAAAGCAGAUGGAAACGGAAAGUGUCAUCUAGACUGUCACAGACAUCCUCUCCUCAGUCAGGCUGCCAGUCCCCUUCCAUCCAGGCAGGCAAAGUCAUCUCCUCAUCCCAGAAGCACAGCAAGAAGGCACUCAAACAGGCCUUGAAGCAGCAGCAGCAGAAGCAGCAGCAGCAGCAAUGCAGAGCAGGCAUGCCUGUGUCGUCUAACCAGCACGUCCUUCUGAAGGCUGUCAAGGCAGCCAGCGACUCCACACCUGCAAAAUCCGCUUGGGAAGGCAAGCAGUCAGAUGGACAGUCGAGCAGCCCUCAGAACUCUACCUCUAGUUCUUCUCCCUCUGUUAAGCUUGAUAACUCCUUGCCAGGGUUGGGGAAGAAACCAUUCCAGAGAUCUGACAGGCUCCACGCAAGGCAGCUGAAGAGAGCAAAGUGUGCUGAAAUUGAUGUGGAAACUCCCGACUCCAUCCUCGUGAACACCAACCUGCGGGCGCUGAUCAACAAGCACACGUUCUCCGUCCUGCCUACAGAAUGCCAGCAGCGCCUGCUGCUGCUGCUGCCCGAGGUGGACAGGCAGGUUGGGGCAGACGGUUUGAUGAAGCUCAGUGGCUCUGCACUCAACAAUGAGUUCUUCACCUCAGCUGCCCAAGGCUGGAAGGAGAGGUUGUCAGAAGGUGAGUUUACACCGGAAAUGCAACUAAGAAUACGACAAGAAAUAGAAAAGGAAAAGAAGGUUGAGCUGUGGAAAGAACAUUUUUUUGAGAGCUACUACGGCCAGAGUUCUGGGCUAAGUCCUGAAGAGUCCAAGAGACUGAUAGCAAACACCGGCCCUGCCGAGACAGAGACUGAAAAUCUAGCAGCUGAGCCACCAAAAUGCCCGCCAUCCUCUCUCAUCCCACUCAAAGAGGAGAUGACCUCUCCAUUAGAGUCUAAAGCACAAGCGGUCCAGGAAGCACCAGUGAUGAAAAAAGGAGGGGAGGAAAGAAAGGAGGACGUGCAGGCAAAACCAGCCAAACCUGCAGAGGCCUCAGUUCCCCCUGGUGGGUGUGCAGUGAAACCCAGUGACCAUUCCCUCCCUUUAAAAGAGAGAGUUCAAGGAGAGUCCAUUCAAGAGAAACCACAAAUUGCCAGCAGUCAAAAGGCAGACGAAGAGAGAAAACACCCUGCCUCAAAGGAAGUGCUGGGCAAAGAGACUGUCAGUGCCUCAGGUGUGGCCCCGAGUAAACCAAAGAGCCCCGAAGCAGGUGAAGUAGUAGUAAACAUGAAAAGCCCUGUGAUGACUCCAGAAACACCAGAAAAGAAGCCCCCAGUAAAUGAAGACAUGGAAGUGAGCGUGGAAGCCCCUAAGAGGAAGUCAGAGAGUAGGGAAGAAGCUCCAACCACUCCUGAAAAAAAGCCGCGGAUCAUGGAGACCUGUCAGCACCACCAGGCAUUUCGGAGCCAGGCACAGCCCUUUCCUGCUGCAGGGACCCCGGUGCCACGUGUACCCCCACUCAAGAUUCCCGUUUCCAGAAUCUCCCCAAUGCCAUUUCCUGCGGGCCAGGUCUCUCCCAGGGCACGUUUCCCAAUCUCACUUACCAGUCCAGGAAGACGGGGAGCCAGAACUUUGGCAGACAUCAAAGCAAAAGCCCAGCAAGCCAAGGCUCAGAGGGCAGCAGCCGCUGCCGCCGCCGCCACCGCUGCUGCUGCUGCUGCCGCCUCGACAGGGGGGGCUGUCCCAGGGCCUGGACCAGGCGGUGGUGGGGGCCCACCGGGUGGAGGAGAGAAGAGUAACACAGCAGCAAGUGGAGCCACCCAAACUGGAACUCGAGGAAAUGCACUGGAACUGGCAGGAACUGGAAGCGGGGGAAGUUCGAGAAGGUUUCUUACCCACUGCCCAGGGAGCUGUCCCCACGUGGAGACCCAGGCCCCAGACCAGGCAACCCCUCACCAUCCUUCUAGAGCACAACUACAGCAAACUCCCGCCCUGCAGUCCAGAGCUCCAGCCAGCAAUACAGGCACCGGCUCCUCCUCACCAGCAGCAGCGGCCCUAGAGAAUACCAACAGAACAAAACCAUGCACCCCCAGUGCGACCAUAAAUCAGGUAUCAGGCUCCCUGUGCGUGGGCAGCAGGGAAAAACGAGAGAAUGCACCUCCUGCUCCAGCAGGCCCAAGCCAGGGCUGUGGGACAGCAGCAGUCCGGGAUGGAGCAGCCUGCGUCACUAUGGCCGCAGCAGAUGCCAACACAAGUGUAACUAAGGUAUCACCUACGGCCUUAGGAGGGACCAGCUUAGAUGUUUGUAAAAGCAAAUCUCCUUCCCCUCUGGUGUCUUCACUGACAUCCAUGAGCUCAGAAGCGCAGGCUGGAGGUGUGGUCACAUCCACAACAUCCGUCCCACCCUCUAAUGCAUCAUCAGUGGCACCUAGCCUUAAAACUCAUCCAAGUUCAGGCUCAAGUGGGGCCCUCCCAAAGCCAAGUUCCAGUAUUCCUGCUAACAACCCUUUAGUCACGCAGCUUCUUCAAGGCAAGAACGUCCCUCUGGAGCAAAUCCUGCCAAAGGCUCUCACCAAAGUAGAAAUGAAAACUGUCCUGUUAUCUUCCCAUGAAGAAAAAGGGGCAGCUAGUAGCGCAGGUGUAGCUGGGAGCAGCACUGGAACCGAGGGUGGUGAAAGGCAAUCGAGUUUACCCACACAACAGCUUGGGAAGGUCUUCUGCCAGAACAGGCCUCUGACUCACAUUCCAAGGACUUUUCCACUCCCCUCGGGAAAGGACCCCAAUGUUGACCAGCACCAGGGCCACGAGGCACUCAGCAAAACCGCGCAAGAGCAGAUCCUUCAGACCCUCAUCAAGAGGGUCCAGAGGCAGAAUUUGUUGCCAGUCCUCCAACCCUCACAACUGAACCUCCCUCCCUCAGGUUUCCAGUUAGAAAACAGCUCUGCCAGCCAGAGGUUUAUGUUAGGCUUCAUGGGCAGGAGGACAUCCAGGCCUGCCAUGUCUGGUCAUUAUCUGCUCAACAUUUCCACCUACGGUCGUGGCUCAGAGAGUUUGAGGAGAAGCUUCUUCUUGAACCCUGAAAACCGGUUCUGUCUAAACAGUCCUGCUGAUGCUCCAAAACCAGAAUUUGGGGAAUGUGAGGAGGCUGGCCACGGCAGCAGCAGUGAUGGAGAUGCAGAUGAUGAGAGUACCGGUGAUGAACAUGAACAGACCAGCGUGAAAGAGGAGCCCCAGGCCUCACAGGUGUCUGGCCAGUGUGAAAAAGAGCAGGUCUCACAUGGCAUAAAUUCUUCGGAUUACAGCACCCUUGCUAAAAAGGGUGUAAAGGCAGAAGCAGCCACGUCCCAACAGGCAGCAGGCAACAAGGAGAACAUUCAGGCGUUUGAUGGAACUAUGCUAGCACGAGACUUCAUUCAGGCCGCUCAAGAGCAAGUGGCACAUGCGAUGAGGGGGAAAAUGCACAGCAGCCCGGAGCUGUUCAGUACUUCUGUGCCGUCCUUGGACUCCGCGCCGCAGCAGCCUCCGCUGCUUUCCCCGCCGCACCCUCCAAAGCUCUCUGCGAGUGCUGCAGCGCAGCUCAUUGGGCCCAGUUACAGUGGCACAAUAAACGUCUCCACCUCCCCGGACGUGAACCAGGGGUCCCUCAUGACCGGGCUGUCUGACUGCAACCAGUUGUCCAGUAGCAUGGGGAACGUCAUGUCCUUCUCAGUGACCGUAACCACCAUCCCCACCAGCCAAGCUGUGAACUCUGGCAACCACAGUCAGACCAUCCCUGUUCAAGCCUUCGCUGAAGACAGCAGCAUGGAGGAUUCCCCUUCCAAAUGUUACUGCAGGUUGAAAGCCAUGAUCAUGUGCAAGGGCUGUGGGGCCUUCUGCCAUGAUGACUGCAUCGGCCCCUCUAAGCUCUGUGUCUCCUGCCUUGUGGUGCGGUAACGGGGACGGGAAGUGGGGAGGAGGAGAAUGGCUUGAUUUUGUUUUUGCUUUUGGAAGUUCAUGGGGAAGAAACAGGAAAUUUACUGCCUUGCACAAGAGACACGUUACUGAAUCAGGAAUACAGAGUAGAGUUCUUCUUUCAUUAAAGAAAGAGCACCUUCUUGUACAGUGAGUCUAAAUUGAGCUCAACUACAUGAAUUGUGACAAGAGUUUGCACUUAAGGAAUUAUGUAAAUAUGUCACAUUAUUUUGUUUAAAAAUAUUUUUUCAAUCUUUUAGGAGAUAAGUGUUUGACUUGUACUGCAGUUUCAUUAACCCCAGCCUGUUCUCCGGCAUGUUUGCUGAGCUCUGCUCUAGAUGGGGGAACAACGCCCCCCCGGCAAAACCUUAGCCCGUUGUUGGUCUUCUCUUGACAAAGAGUAGACCAGGAUAGUCAAGAAACACAAUGUUUGUACUGACUGAUGACAGAGCACAGAAGCAGGAGCUCUGCACGGGCUUGCUCGCCAGCUCUAAAUCUAAGUUCACAUUUUUUCAGAUGUGGAAGGCAUUAACGUUAUGCCAGCCUUUCACUUUUGACCUGGCUGUUUCCGGAAUGCAUACUGGGUUGUGCAAUAUUUGCUGAUGGGUUUGAUUGGCAUAUCCUCCCCUCUUCAAGGGGUCAGUUGCAGUAACCUUGUUUGAAGGAAGGUAAUGUCUGAUUUCCUACUGGUAAAGACUGAAAAAAAGCAACUGUAUUAACCAUAGGAUUCAAGAAUUUCAGUCACUAAAACAACUCGGUGACCGUGAUUAUCAGUAAAUCCCAGGAACCAUUUAAAGCAGAGAUCACAAAUAUGUGCUGAACUGCCUUUCAUUUCAGGCUGUUGGGACUCAGCAGAAAGGUGCUCUCUGAGGCGUUUCGAGGGAGCUGGCAAGAGCCGUCCCACAGUCAAGAGCUGUGUCGGUGCGUGAUGCGAGUAAGGUGCCCCAAGCUCAGUCUUGCUGCUUUCUGGGAAGCUUGCUGUGCUCCUCCAGACCUCCACCGCAGUCAGAUGUCUCUCAUUUCUAUAGAGGAUUUUAUAUUUAGCUAUGUAUAGGGAAAGGAAAACAAGUGUCUUGUUGGGUGGGCCUCGCUGUUGCCCACUGUGGGUGUCUCUUUGUGUUUUAACAGACCUAAUCAGGCUCGACUCGGUGCGGAUUUGCUCAGCUGAGGUUUGGGGUUGCGUGGGUCUGGGGAGGAGGCUGUGCCCCCUGCCUCAGCCCAGUCUUGGGAUAUCGCUAGUGAUGCUCAUCCUCACUUCCAGUGUUCAGGAAUUCAUUCAGUUUGGUUAAUUGAAAUGAAAGCCAUUACAAAAUGGUACUCUGUUCUCAACAAGUGGCGCCAGGCUGGCUAACGAAGCACAUGCCAACCUGCCUUUUAAUGUAUCGCAACGCAUCCACAUCACAUCGAGGACCUGUGUGGUGUUUCUCUUCCGAAACACAGAACAUCAGGUUCGCUGAUCACAUCCAGUCCCAUGUUGUCACUGUUGGGGGCGGGUGGGGGCCAUACUGCAUCUUGGUCAGGUAACAGAUCUGUGUAUGUUUUUGAUGGAAAAGCACUGAAUUCACUUUUAAUCCAAAGGCCUUUUUAAGAUGAAGCAAUAUAAACAAAAUAGGUGGGACAGCUGUUUUGUGAGCAGGGGUCCUCAGCCUGCCUUUCCGCAUUUGACUUAUUCUACUGCUUUCCCCUUUCCCUUGUCUCACAUUGGUAGAACCCGGAGAUACUCCCCUGUGAAGCAGUGUGUUUUUCCAAGGAGAGGUGGUGAUUUAUUUGGUAACGAUAAAGAAUAGCGAGUUGCAGAUUUAAUCAUAACAGAAGCGUUUCCUUCCCUGCCCAGCAGAGCGUGGCCCCCCUGGAGCAGGAUUAGUGGGUGUGAGGUAGCAGGAGCUGCAGCGUUAUCUUGAUCUCCGGUUUGCUCAUAUUUAGUGGGGAAACCAGCACCCCUGGUUUCUAAUUGCACAUCACUGCUCAGACACCCAGCAGCGCAGAGGAGUCAAGUGUUAGAAGUAAAGUCUAUAUUUUUAAUCCCAAACUGAAAUCUCAAAAAGAAUCACAUAAAAAAUUGCUGUCGUGUGCAGGCUGCACGUGUGCCCAGUGGUGGCUGUAGCUCAGGAAACACCCCACUGGUCUGUGUGUGCACGUGUGAAGGGGCAGAGCAGCAAAUGUGGGUUCCUUCUGCUGUUGUUACCCUGUUGGUACCCUGUUUCUACCCUGUUGUGCUGUCAUGGGGAUAACUCCUUCCCUGGGUGGCCAUGUCCAUUGGCACCAAUUUGGAGGGCAGCCAUUACUGCCUGAUUCCAUCACUUCUUCUGUAAUGGGAAUUUCUGCCACUUUAAAUCUUAGAUGCAGUGUUGAAAGGUUUCAAACUGCCAUCCAAGGGCAGUGCAGGACUGAGAGCAGGGUCUGUCUCUUAUUACUGUGUCAUCUAGGCCUGAAAGAAGUUACAGUAGUGUAAUCCUUGGGCAGACACAUCUAUUCCUGUUCAAGACAGGUCUCCCAGUAUAACCUAAUUUAAAGACUGUUGCUAGUUACAAACAAAGUGAAAAAGUCAUUCUUGCCUCAAAUAAGAGUAAAGAGGUUUUGCUGGCAUAAUUGGGUCAAUUCUGCUCAUACCUUGGCUUUUAUCAAUGGGAUUUUUCAAGGCUGCUUGAGAGGGAAAAGGAGGAGAAGAUGCGGGAGUUGCAGGCUGUGAUCUGCCACCUUGUCCUUGGUGCCCAUGGGCUUUUCAGCCUGCUGCUGCUGCUGGGCCUGUUCCAUUCUCUAACACAGUCACUGACCCUGGCUGAGGGGUUUCUUAUUUCUCCCUUUAAAUUGUACAGGAUGAGGGUUCAGAUGGCUCCUGCAGCUCCGGCAGUGGGGGAAGCUGCCCCUUCCGAAGCAGCCCUGUGGGAAGCACAGCAGCUUGGCUCUAGUGGGCCCCAGCUGGGAUGUGUGGUGAAGAUCCCAGUGGCUCCAGGCUCGUGUUGGGCAGCAUAGGCAUCCUGUGUGAUGACUCGGACAUUUGCCACUCUGUUCAGUGCCUUAGUUAUCUUUUAAUGGAUCAGCACUUUGCUUGGGCUACUUUACUUCUAUUUCUUUUUAAGAAAAUAAAUUCUUUUAACUGCAUGUCUUUAACAUAUGCUAUGAGCUACUAGGUGCAACUUGAUGGAACCAUCUCCACAGGUUUGCGAGUGGGCAUUAAGUAGUUAGGAAAUGGUUAGAUGUAAUGGGGCUCAGUGUAAUAAUCUCUGCAAGUACAGGUCGCCAUUAACACCUUGAAGCCUUGGAGUGUUUUACACUGCUGGUUGUUGAAUCAUGUAUUUUAGAAGGGGGAAAUCCAGCAGCCAGUGUUCCCCACAUGGCAUCAGCCCCUGCUCCUGCCACAUCGGUGCUGAGCUCCUCCUGGCACUCCCCACUCCUCCCAUCAUCUGACCUUCCCACUGUUCCUUCCAGAUCGUCAACAAACCCGUGUUCAUACAGGGUUUAUAACUGAAACUACUGUCAUGACAUACUGAAAAAUAUUACUUCGAUUUCCCCCCUCAGGUAUUAAUACCACUAUAGUAAAUGCCAUCAUAAAAAAAAACAGUGAGAUAAAAGUGAGAUAAAAUGUUUUCAAAGCCUAAUGUCAAACUAUGUUUGUGGCAGUAAAAGCAACUUGAGUCAGAAAAGAUGCUUGAAAGGGAGAAUUUAAAUCCAAGUUUCAUCCAAGUCCUGCAGCCUGAGAACUAGACAUACAGACUAAGCCAUGGAGUUUAAUUUCCCAGCGCAAACUCCCCCCACACGUAUUGAUGCAGUGGAGCAGUGAAGGCAGCUCUAAAUGAGUUUGGGUGUUGAGGCUGAUUGGCAGCACAGGGACCGGCUUUUGAGUGAAAUUUUCAUGUCCCCUCUUAAACCAGAAGGAAGGACCACAAUGCCAGAUGGACAGGCUGCUUGGCAAAGGUUACGGUAGUAAGGAACAGCUGAUGGACAGCAAGUUCCUGGUGAAGUUACAGCCAGGAGCUAUCCUCAGUCGUAACAUUAGGUGAGUCUCGUUCAGGUGCAGAGACCAUUUUGGGCCUGGCGUGUGCAGUGGUAGGUUUGAAGUGGGCCGAGGCAUCUCUGGUGGGGAGAUCCCAGAAGGGCGCCCUGCCCGCACAUCCUCCUACCUCCCUGGAGGUAGAUGGUCUCCAGCCCAGUGCAGAAGUGCCAGGAUAAGCACAUGACCUGUGGAAGGGCUGAGGCAGAACCCACCACUGCUGCAGGGGCAGGCUAUGGCACACAUCAGCACUGUAGUGUGGAAAAAAGGAAGGGGCUGGAGCGUCUCCACUGGAAGGCCGGCAGCUUCCUUCACUGGAACCCCCUCACCGGGGGCUCUUGGAGCCCUGGGGAAACCUUUCAGUCUCACUUGGGAGUUCUGCUUAGGCUCUGUUGUUUGAAGACCACAAGGUUGGCCCUCGGCACCUGCCUUUGCCUCCAUGGCUCUCGUGGGUUUGGUAGGGGAAGGCAGGCAGAUGCACACUGAAUUACCUCUGGCAAUGAGCACAGAUGUAUUGUGGCAGUGGGGCAGGUGCGAGGAGGCUGUUCCAGGCUGUUGCUGCCUCUGGCUGACCCAUGGCCUGAUGGUCAGUGUCCUGGCAGCCCUUGUGUUGCAUGGGGAGAGCAGUGGAGUGCUCAGAGGGUGACAGCCAGAAUUCUCUUUGCUACCUAGUGUCAGUUUCUUUUUUUAAUGCUAUACAUUUGAUAUAACUGAAGAUCAAUUUUAAGAGCUUACAGUAAUAUAUUUUAAGUAAUAUAUAUUUUAGUAUAUGUAAAAACAGUGGACAAAGGAAGAUUUAUGAACUAGAUGAACAAGGUUUUGGGAGUCAGCAGUUUCCCAGCAAGGCCAGGAAUAGUUUUACUAGCAGGAAAACUGACAAGAUUCUUUUUUUUUUUUCCACUAAUGCAAUAAAAAUAGGAAUUCUUAAAAAGAAGAACUCCAGUGCUGUUUACCGCAUGCGUUUCUUGUUUUGACAACAGGCCUGUAAACACAGUUCUGAAGAUACUAAACCUUUGUCUCUCUUUUGCCUUUUUAAAAGGGACUUCAAUUGGAAUAGAGGGUAUGUACAGAAAAAUCGAGUUGACACCAUUUUAAAAUGUAUUUUUACACAAAUAAUAUAGAAAAAAAUCAUAUUUUACAUAAGAAUUUUAAGUAUUUGAAAUAUGUAUAUAUAUACUGUAUGUACUUCAUAUAUUCUUUAUUUUACAUUUUCAAUGUAUUAAAAAGUAUUUGAGCUGGUUGGAUUUGAGCAUGUAAUAAUAUUUGAAAAAACAAAGGAAAAGCAGAAAAGAGGGGGAGAGGAGGGAUGUGCUGCCCCGCGUAGCAGCAGCCAUGGGUAGCACAGGAACCAGGAGUGCCCGAGCAACUGACUUUUGCAAGAGUUUGGCAGUUCUGGGUCGAGCACACAGAGCAGUUUUCAGUCCUGUGUCCUGUUUGUGUUCAUUCUGCUGCAUAACCACCCCGAAUGACCUAUGGGGAGAAGACAAGGCAUUGAGGUGGAUCUCUCACCCCAUCAAUGCUACUGUUCUAGCCAAAGAGAUGUACUGCUACAGAAGCUACUCAACCAAAACAAAAUCAAAGCUAUUCAGUUUUGCUCUGCCACUGACAUUUUAAUGAACAGCUUGAUUUCUGAUGCAAGUAUCUUAUGAUGCUUAUGGGAAAUUCAAGCAAUAUACCAAAAGUCCAGCAAUUUCAAGGAAGCACUAUCAAAGCAGAUGUGGUUAUUUUCUUAGUUUGUAGGCAUUUGGGUGAGAAUCUCCCUGGAGAGGAUGCAGCAUCUUUGCAGCUAUUAGAGAUGAAGGGGAUUCUCAUCAGGAGUGGGAUCCUACAGACACUGCUCUUGUGUAGCAAUGCAGAGGGCAGCUGCAGAGCAGGUUGGGCAGACCAGCAGCUCACAGAGGAGUCAGGAUUGGGCGCAGAGCUGCGUAUUGCCAGUAACGCAGCGGUUUCCCUGCCUCCUGGUACUCUAUUCAGAUACUGCUUGUUCUCUGUGUACCAUUUCUGACAGACGAGGAGAGCUGCAGCCCUGCGAUUACUGGCCCAGUUCUGUAGCUCCAGAGACAAGAGUACAGAUCCCUGAUGAGGGAAAGGGAGAGGCGGCUCGUCAGCACAGGAGGUGCAGUGUGCUUGACUCAUCCCUUUUCCGUGAUGCCUUUUGGCUUAGAUAAAUCUCAGAUUACAUUUACUUCCACUUUCUCCAGCAAGCAACUGCAGGAGUUCUGUGUAUAAACUGGAGAUGUUUACAGCAGUCCCGUAGUGCUGGGACUGACAGGGAAGGAAACUGGAUGUGGGAAAAGAAGAGCUGUUAACCAGUCAAGUUUUAAAAGUACAAGUCUGAAACCUGAAAAGGCAGACAACUGGGAUUUUUAUACUGCUUCAGUUAUUAUUGGAACCUUUUUAAAGGCAAACCACGGCACCCAAUGCUUUGUCAGAACUUGCUCUGGACAGACUGAGGGGCCUUCCACUCUACAACAGUUGCACUAUAAGAAAGUCCCGCUGUUUGGGGGGUGUAUAUAUGUGGAGCUGGGAGGGGGACUGUGCAGGUGUGUCCGUGUGUACACACAGCUAUGUUCUAGGUAGGUGUACCUGGUCAGACCAGCUUCAUCUCAGUCCUCUGGUGACAUCACACCUUGCAAAGUCACCACAGACCUGAGACGGAAUUACAGCUUUUGUAUUUGUUUUCGUAUUUAAGAUGUAUAGGUUAGAAAGAAGAUAUAAUAGCAAUGUGUUUUGAUCUGCUGCACUUUUGAAAACAAAAACAUUCCUUAUUCCCCUGGUACUGCUGCAUAUCCCAUCCCUUCCCCAGUUUAAAACAAUUUAAACUUUUCAGCAAUUUAAACCCAACAGGUCUGUACCUUUCAAUUAAGACCUCUCAGCUGCUGCAUUAUUGGAAAAUCUCGGCCAAGAGUGUCCCUUUGGGAGGCCGGGCCUCUGGGAUCCUUGUGGCCAGUUCCAUGGCCAUCACCAGGAAUGCAAACCACCAGGACAUGAAUAUGGCUGGUGAAGCACUCCUGCUGCAGCGUGUGCACUGGAGUGUUUCCCAGGAUUUUAACCCUACCGGUAGCCGAGACAGGACAGGCAUUACCUUGAACCUCAGGGACAGAGGUUUCAGUAACUAUGCUUUCCUCUGGUGUCUAGAGGUGCACCAAGGAUGCACCCACAAACACCCGACUUCGCUGGAUUUACAGCGCUUUCUGUUGCCGUAGAUCUCCUGUGCGAUUGUAUCACAGUCCGUUCGUAAAGUCAGGUUUGAGUGGGACGUUGUGGCCAGGUUUGUGUGGAAAAAAGAAAGCAAUCGUAGUUCAGUGUGGUAACUUCCAGGCUUUGAAAAUCAGCACAGGCCAGUUGUAGCAAAGGAGCAACGCGUCAGGGAGAAAGGUGGUCCGUUGUGCUGCAGCUAUGCAUUUUGGCAAAGGUUGUUUUGUCAAGGUUUUCACCCAUUUUGCUGUAUGAUUCCACCUUAGCUUCUCACCAGCAUUAAGAGGGAUCUGAGGAGUGCUAGAAACUGCGUCUAACCUUUCACUUGAAGAUCUGCGUGCCCCUAGGAGGCAGCACUUUGACAAGCAACAGCCUGCCCUGUGGCUUUCGUCUUACUGCGAUUCUGUUCCUCUUCCUCUCACUUCUUUUUGUCAUGUAAAACUACCUGCUUUAUAAAUGAAUGUAAAAUACAGUAGUUCUUCAGCACAUGGACAAAUGUGUAUUUUAUCUUAAUGUUUCAUUUUAUGUUAAAUAAAAAGCAUAUGAUUUUA